GCGUGCUACUGCAUGGGCCUUUGCAAAAAAUGGAGCAAAGGCUAUCUACAUUACAGAUUGGCGGGAUGAAUUGCUUCCGCAGCUUGCAAAAGAUAUAAAAGCAAAGUAUUCAAACGUAGUGGUCGUCCCUCGGAAAGUGGAUGCAGCAUCGGAAGAAUCGGUCAAAUCGGUUAUCAAAGACGCUGUCGAUACUUUUGGGCGAUUGGAUAUAUUUUUUGCAAAUGCUG